ACGCAGCGACAACGACGCGCCAUUAGGUCGGAGCGCGGGGGGAAUUAUGGAGCUUAUUUGAUCUGUCUGCCCCUGGUACUGAUAUCAUGUAGGUAGACAUUACGCACAGGAAAAGAGGGUGCCAUGGCGGUGGGCUUCACUAGGGUCGAAGAGGGAUGCCCGCGGUGGGCAAGGUAGUAGGUGGGAUUAGGUGCGGCCGGCGGAUAUCCAGAGGCACUUGACAAGGGAUACAGACCUACUACGAUAGGCCGCCGAAUGAUAUAAGUAUGGGUACGUUUGUGACCCUGGCAGAGGUGUUGGAGGCCAGGGGGUCACCACUGGAUGAGGGGGAGCUCUGGGGUCUGCUCCUGGCCACCGCUGAGUCCUUGCUGGAGAUCUCCUGCAAAGGCUCGGGGAACAUGUGCAGCGUGCUGAGCCCGGGCUCGGUGCUGCUCUCGGCCAGUGGGAGCCUGGCCUUCAAGGGCUGUUCCCGGUCUGAGGAUGUGGCCUCCUUCACGGCCCCGGAGGUCCGUCAGGGUCUGGUCGCAUCCAGCCGCACGGCAGCGGAGAAGAUGGCGGUGUAUUCCAUGGGGAUGAUGCUGUACUGGUGUGCGGAUUACCUGCUACCUCAAAACCAGCCUGUCCAGCUGAGCAGCGAGCUGGACAGGCUGCUACUGAGCAUGUGCGAAGAUGUGGUGUUGAAACGGGCCGAUCUGCUGGCGGUACUAGAGACCUGUGAACAGCACCACACAGCCUCUCUGCUGCCCCCUCCUGACAGACUCAUCAAACAACUAGUGGAGGACGUUUUCCGGAACUCAGUUGAUCAUGUUACCAUGUCUGAAAAUGGAACACAACUCACAGACCGCAGUCAGACGGUUAGAGACAGAUUUCACGCUGGUUAUUUUAGUAACUCUAACUGGGCGAUGAGGAGGAAGGCUUCCAGAGCUUGCUCAGGAGCCUCGUACCGAACAGAAAACGCAGGAGUUUCUUCGGGAGGUCGUUACAGAGACGAUUACACCCGCUAUCAACAAUCGAACCGCACCCCUUGUAGUCCGUACAUGGACGGUGGUCGCGAUACCAACCCACGGGCCCUCAACCACUACAGUUCCACCCUUAGUCUGAACGAUAAGAAACUCAAGGAAAUGGGCCCAGAGUUCAUUAGAAUGCAAGAUGAGCCCCAUGUUGUCUUGGAGCUGCCAGGAUCAAUAAUGUCGAGGAAGGGGAAGGCCUCCUCCACCCAGAGGGAGGUGGGUGUGGUGAUGCCCAGCGGCCAGAGCCUCCAGGUGAGGUGCGAAGCGAAGAGCCGGUGCGGGGACGUCUUCGACAUGAUCGUGGCCCACUCCAACCUUGUGGAGCACUUCUACUUCGGCCUGGCCUACGUCGACGACAAUGAGUUCUUCUUCCUGGACACUGACACCAAGAUUUCCAAGGUUGCCCCCGACUCCUGGAAAAAAGUGCCUACGACCCCCUUUAUUCUCUACUUCCGGGUCAAGUUUUUCGUCAGUGACAUUUCCCUGCUUUUGCACAAGUUGAGCCGCCACCAGUACUACCUCCAGCUGAGGAAGGACUUCCUGGAAGACCGCCUGUCUUGCCACGAGGAGAGCUCUCUGUACCUGGCGGGGCUGGCCCUGCAGGCAGAGUACGGAGACUGCAUGCCUGAGGUGUACGGUAGAAGCUACUACCGGGUGGACCACUACAUCUCCAAGAGCGUCAUGGAGAAACGUGCCUUGCCUUCCAUUAAGGAUGAGUUGCUGCGGUUACACGCCAGCAACACCCAAAUGCUCUCAGACGAGUCGGAACUGGAGUUCCUUAAGGUGAGUCUGAGCCUGCCCGAGUAUGGCGUGUUGUUCUACCGCGUUGUGCACGAGAAGCGUCCGGUAGAGGGGGAAAUUAUCCUCGGUGUGUUUGCCAAAGGGAUCAUCGUAUACGACGUCAAAGAUGGCCGCCGAUCCACCAGUCAGACUUUCUUUUGGCGGGAAACCUCAACCAUCUCCUCUAAUAAACGAAAGUUCAUCAUAGAGUGCCGUGGCAACAAGAAGAAGUACACCUUUGUUACAGAAAGGUCGAAGAUAGCCAAAUACCUGUGUAACCUCUGCUCCGCACAGCACAAAUUCAACAACGAGAUGAGCUCUCGUAAGCUCAGCCACAGCCAUGUGUCAGAAGACAACCACAUUGGCCAAUACGCUGCCAGCAGCCGGCCGCCACGCGACCGGCUCAAGUCGUACACCGAGCCCCCCACGCCCCAGGACGACAGCGGCCUGACCACGCCCCAGGACGACAGCGGGCAGUCCACCCCCCAGGACGACUCCAUGACCAAGCUCUGCGACGACCUCACCGCCAGGAUCGAGGCCCGAAUGAAGCAGCACCGGCAGGGCCUCAACCAACACAGCACCUCUUCCAGCAGCCCGCAGAGCGCUCAGAGGAGUGGUUCAUUGGCUCCCUCCCUCUCUGCUGCUGCCAGAGACUGUCCAGCCAAACUAGCCCCGGAGAGAGAAGUCAUCUGUGUUUCGUUGAAGAAAGACCCAAAGCUUGGCGUUGGCAUAGUGAUCGUAGGCGAGGACACGGUUGGCAAAUACGACCUGGGGAUAUUUGUGGCCUCCAUCGUCCCAGGUGGACCCGCGGCUAAGGAUGGCCGAAUCCGACAAGGAGGGCGUCUGAUCUCCCUGAACCAAGUCAGCCUGGAGGGCGUGACCUUUGCUGAGGCAGCAGAUGUCAUGCAGAGCAGCCCCCCCGAAGUGCAGCUCAUCAUCUCCCAACCCAAAGUGCAAUUGAGCCCCAACAACCUGGGGAACCACCGGGCGCCCCCGAGCCCCCAGCAGCAGCAGCCCCCGCCGCGGGACCCCGACUCGGCGGGGGGCAGCCUGGACGAGAUCAUCUCCGUCAUGAUGACCCCCAAGACGGGCAGCCAGCUGCAGGUCCCCCCCGACAUACGCAUCUACAACGCCCAGGACGGCUCCCUCUCCUCUCUGAACAGCGUGAGGCCAGAGGAGCUGACCCUGGAGCUGCGGAAGAUGGGAGGCAGCCUGGGAAUCAGCAUAUCAGGUGGCAUCAAUAGCAACCUCCGUAACGGGGGUCUCUACGUCAAGAGCCUGGUCCCCGGGGGGGCGGCAGAGAGGGACGGACGCCUGCACCCAGAUGACAGGCUGCUGGAGGUAGACGGGCUGAGGCUGGAUAAUUUUACGUACCAGCAGGCCGUGGAGUGUCUGACCAAGACAGGAGAGGUGGUCUCCCUGGUCGUGGAGCGAGAGAGGAUGAGUCUGCCCCGCGUGUCCCUGAGCCCCGACACGGCCCGCAGUCUGUCCCCUAAGAGCUGCAGCCCGGACACCAACCACCUCCGCUACAACAGCUGCCCCGCCAUCAACUCUCCCCCGAUGGCCGGCGGCGAGCCCCAGAAGCCCCGGGACUACCGCUUCAUGGCGGACGACAACACAUUCGAGGUGACCUUGACCAAGGGCCCCAAGGGCCUUGGCUUCAGCUUCAUCAUGUGUGACAUGGACCCCCUGGGGCAGGAGGCGGGCAGCGUGGUGCGCAUCAAGCAGCUGUUCCCAGACCAGCCGGCCCGCCUCUGCGCACGCAUCCGCGAGGGCGACGUCAUCGUGGCCAUCGACGGACAGCACCUCAAGGACCUGAUCUACCCGAGGGUGCUACAGUUGUUCAAGAACUCAUCGUCUGAAGUACUACUGUCCCUGUGCCGUCCUGCAUCAGGGACCCUUCCUCCCAUUGAGCAAUUUGCUGGCACAUGAGUGAUGUCACAGUGACCGACAGCGACGGCACCAAUGGAAGCACAGGAGGCUGUGGUCGUUCCUGAGGAAACAGGAAGCGGACAUGGAGUCGCAGGGACGGCAGGAAGCGGCGCCCAGGCUGGAGUCUGACAGAGUGGACCAGCCUGGAUAGCCUUACCUUUGGUCUCCUGGUCUAGAAGGACUAGAGAAAUCCCCAGAGGGGAACAGUGUUUGAGGUUGUCAACAGCAACUGAAGUGAAUUUCAAA